UCAGUGUCAUUACUACAAAUAAUUGCGGAUCAAUGAAAACGCACACUUGACUUUUUAAUUAUAUUGGUCAUCUGAACGGCAGUCCUCUAUUUAUUGAAUCUCUCAAAAAUAUGUUUUACUAUCCAAACGUUUUACAGUACCGCACAGGCUGUUUCUCUACUGUAUGGCUUGCAGCUACAAAAGCGAUCAAAAUUUCUCGGAGAGACUACCUCAAAGUCAACGUUCAACGUACAUGCGGUGACAUCAUGGAUUAUGUGUUGGUGCGGGCCCCACCCCUCCAGCCGGGACUGCCCCGACCCCGAUUCUCCCUCUACCUGUCCUUCCAGCUGCAGUAUGGCAUCAUCAUUGUCUACCACCGCCAGUGCACCAUUCUCCUGGAGGAGAUACAGCACAUCAUAGACAGACUGCUGCGCUCCACCAAGAAGCUGAAAAUUGACCUGGUUGAACCCGACAGACUGGCGCUAAAUGUUCCAGACAGUCUGUCUAUGCUGGAGGAAAGUGAGAGGGCCCUGGAUCCCUUCUUUGGGGUGCUGGGGUACACCCUGCCCAGCCCCAGUGUACUCAUGCAGCAGUGGCAGGUUCCAGAAGAAGAAUCCCCCCCACGCCCUCUGGUGGAAAGACAUGGAACACCACAGAGGGAUCGUAUCACUGCAUCCCCUGAAUCUAUCACUCUGGUGGAGAGGGAGCCUGUUGCCAUUCCUGCUGCAGUGGUGUUUGAAGGGGUGGACCUGCCAGUGGUCACGCCCAGUCAUAUGGAUAUCAUUGACAUGCUGAUGGAGCAGCAAGACCAGUUUCCUGGAGAAGUGGAGGAGAGGGAGCAAGAGAGGGAGGCAGAGAGAGCGAGAGAACAGCAGCAGACCACAGUUUCCACAGUACAGUUGGGAGUCACAGAGGUCACCCCCGAGGACCUGGCCUUGCUGCCGGAGAAGGAGGCAGGGCCUCCCGCAGAGACGCCCACAGCGCCUCCGCCCUCGCCCCCGCUGGAGACCACCCCGCUGGAGACCAGCCCGCUGUCCGUCAUUCCACUGCCCUCGUCCCCCGAGAGGGAGGGGGAGAGGGAGGCCGAGGAGCCAGCAGCGAGCAGGAGGGAGAGAGAGCUGGCGCACGAGAGGGAGAGACGGGGGCGGAAGGAGGGAGAGGGAGACACUUCUGCGGUGGAGCCGGAGCCCGCCGCUCCAGCGAGGAAGCAGCGUCGGCGGCGGCAGCUGCUCUUCAUAGACCCCCAGACUCAGAUUCCCCCGGAGGAGCUGCAGGACGCCAUACAGGAUCCACUGACUGAGACCCAGUCCCUGAAGUUGGUCCAGCCUCCCUCCAGACAAAGCGUUUCUCCCGAGGAGCUCCUGAGCAAUCCCUGUACUGCCCUUCACCCAGAUAUCCUGGAUCUGUGGAAAAAGGGUGCGUUCGUCAUGCCCCUCUUGAGUGUGGCUGCCAGGAAGAGGUUGGCAGAGGAGGAGACGGAGUUGGAAAAAGAGAGCGUGGGGGCAGUGGAGGAAGUGAGGGUGAAAGACAAGGAAGAGAGGGUAGAAGAUAAGGGAGUGAGAGAAGAAAUCAGUCCAAAAGAGGUGCCCAGAGAGUUGGCAGAGUCGGGACUGCCUCAGCCUGAAGUAUCAGUUUCCAUUGAGCUGAUGGGGGAGGUGUCCGACAGGGAUGUGUCCCACCUCAUCAUCCCAGAGAGCAGAGGGUCUCCUACAGGAGAGAUUCUCUUCCCGCUGGAGGAUAUUCCUGAGGAGGGAGUGAGGCCAGCAGAAAGAGAAAUUGAGCAGGUGCCCAUGACCAGAGCGAAUCUAAUGGGGAUGCUGUGGAGGCCCUUCCAGGAGCAGAGGAAUGUGUUGUUUCACUCUUUACUGCCCCCUCUGGCUGACCGCAGUACUGCAUCCCGCUCUUUUUCCACACUUCUCGAGUGUGUUUCUGCAAGGAUACUCAGUGUGGAACAAGAUGAACCUUAUGGCUCCAUUAUCAUUGCACAAGGGCCCCUGUAUGAGCAGGAGGGGGGCUGGGCGCCCCAUGCAGACUGAUUCGGAUGUUUGCUGAAACUCAGUUCAUACCGUCUACACUCCCAGUCAUACCGUUCUUUAGAAAUGUUGUAUUGGAAGACAUUUCUUGUCAUAAAAAUAGAUCAAAUACAGCACUUGUUAUAGUUUGAGUGUUUUUACCAUUAUGCAUUUACACUAAUUCAGAUACAUCUUAUAUUUAUGUCCGUUAGAAAUAUUAUUUUUGUUAAAGAAUGUUAAGAAUGCAAAUGUUCAGUGGUGUCGAGCUUUACUGAAGGAUGUACAAUUGUUCAAUUCUGUGGUUGCGAUUAUGUUGUAUUACAUUACAGGAAACGCAGUGUACAUUAAUAAAUUACUGGACCUUUCAUUUAA